AUUCGUUUGAAAAGUCACGAAGUGAAAUUAUGCGGAUGCAUUCGGUAUAAAAUAAGAAGGUGCUACACCACACGAUUUCCAAUGACAAAUUUGGCGGAAAAUUUAGGUCAUACGGGAGUAAGCAGAGAAUUGCAAAUUCAAUGGUUACAGUUACACACGUUGUUGUUGUAAACGACCAAUUCCGAAUAAAGAAAGUGUGCCAUGUAGGUGCAGUUUACUUUCUUGACAUGAUAUCUGCAACUCUAGCUUCCUGGUCAAUAAAAAUGUAAAAAACAGGUAAGGAUAUUAAAGAAAACUGGGAUUAGAUAAAAUUUUUGCAUUUGGAGCAUGUACAAAGCAGAGGGAAAAGCAAUGUGUGCCACGAGAUGCACCAGAUUACCAUCAGACGCCAAAAAGUCUAACACAGUAUGUUGACACUCGUAAACGUUACUGAACUAAACCUCUCUGUUUUUCCGGGACAAUUGACUAUCUGCAAAUUUAAAGAAGAUGCUGAUACUGGAAUUACGUCGAGUUACGUCGGUGCCACAAGUGCCAACAAGGUUUUUGUUCGGCAUACCAAUCCGGUACAACAAGAUCAAAUCCAGUAUUUAAACAUCGAUCAGAGAAUCACAGCUCUCUGCAAUCAUCCUGUGCAUCAUGCCGCCGUUGUCAUGGGCACGACAUCUCAUUUACUUAUAUAUGACAUAGCUGAAAAUAGAACUAUAAUGAGUAAAGAGAUUGAAAAUGGUGUUGGAGCUGUGGUGAUUGGGUCUUUCGAUGAGGCGGGCGAGAUAAAUGUCAUUAUUGGUGGUAAUUGUUUCCUUCAGUGUCUGAACAUGGAGGGCAACGAGCGUUACUGGAAUGUCAUGAGUGACCAAGUUUCCGCCUUGGCUCUCUUCGAUUUUGAUGGCGACGGCCACAAUCACUUGAUCACUGGAACAGACGACGGAAAUCUACGUCUGUUUAAAAAUGGGCGUAUGACCUCUGAGAUCAAAGAAACGGAUGCUGUCACCUACCUAACAGCCUUGACAGAUCAUUGUUUUGGAUAUGCUUUAGCCAAUGGAACUGUUGGCGUUUAUCACAAGCGCAACCGUCUAUGGAGAGUUAAAUCCAAGAAUCAUAUUGUUGCUCUGGCGUCUUACGACGUCGAUAACGACGGCCAUCCAGAGUUGAUUUGCGGAUGGAGUCAUGGAAGAUUCGAUGCUAGACAUUGGCAAACGGGCGAAGUUGUUUUCAAGGGAAAACUGGAUUCGCAGCACGCCAUAGUUGCCCUACUCGUAGAUGAUUGGCUACAGAUGGGACAUGCUCAGCUCAUUGUUUGCUCACAACUUGGUCAAGUAUGGAGUUAUCUACCGAGUGACUUGGAAUCAACUUCUCUCGAUCGGAUCAAGGACGAAUAUGCCACUCAAGCAGAGGAAGAGGCCAUCCGGAUGUUACUCAUUCGCAAACAAAACCUCUUAGCUGAGCUGGAACACAUCCGGCAAUCUGGAACUUCUACCGAAGUAGCUGACGAAGACAUGCAUUUGACACUGACACAUAACCAAGAAAAUGUACUACUUCGGUUAGAGGGAGGCGGCAUGAUUGAUGCUGUGAUCGUCUUUGCCGAAGGCUUGUUUUCAAAUGGAGAGAGCCACGCACUCCAUUAUGACUCCCCUAGGGCAUCAGCCGGAAUUCCCCUGCCGGUUCAACGAAACUUGGCCGUCGAUUUGCAUGUGAAUGUCAUUUUUGGCUCCCCAAACAGUGAACUAUUUAAAGUAGUUGAAAUUGUUCAUCCAUUGCCGACUUUCUCACGCUUCAAAUCCGUUUCAUGGUCAUCUGUGGAGAAUCUCUCAGCCCUUCGAUUCCGUAUCACGGCUCGUCUUCAAGAGCGGAUACAAAGGAUCGGAUUUUGGAUAGCUCAGAAUUUCAUUGUGUCACCGGAAUUGCUCACCAGUGACACAUCAAUAGAAUUGGCCUUCGAAGUUCUCCCAUGGCGAACACCUUUGAGAAUGAUUUUCCGUAAUGAAGGCUCCUUUUUUAUCGAGUCAGAUCAUCUUGACCACUUGUCAGAGUUGAUUCAACACCUGGCUACAUUCUUCAAUGUCCAACACUUGGCAACCGAGAUUGAAAUUAGGGAUGAUCAUCGAAAACAGCUACUCGAGCUGAUGGAAGGUGUUCGUGGAUACCAGGCUAUUCGGCAACGCCUCACAGUGGAUAUGGCUGAUCAGGUGAAUGAAAUCAGAAAUUGGUAUAAUGAAUCAGAAAACGCCCGCUUGAUGAACGACAUGGUGGAAAUGAAACGUUGUUAUGCCGCCAUAUUGAGCGGAAAUGAACACCUUGUUGACCUACAAAACAUCCGCGACUCCAAUUACAACGAGCUCAUGAAGCACCUCAAGCAAAUCAAUCUUCAUAUUCAAUAUUCGUCUAACUGUCGUGUGGGGAAAUAUCAGACAGACGUAAUUCAAGCUAGUCGACAGGCAAUUAAAGCGGAAGACUUUGAACAACUUAUCAAGCUCACUUUGCAUGGCAUCGAAAAUCCUUAGAAAAACUAUUCAUUUGGCUGCAAUCUAAACUUGUAAUCUUUUAUAACUGAUUUAACCAGUCUUGAGCUAUCAAUUGACUGGAUUACCUGUAAAUCUAUUCUACCUUGACUGAAGAUUGAAAAUGAUUUCUCAAAAACCAAUUUCCGAACGUGCGGCAGAUGUUCCAUUACCGAAGGUAAAGGGAGGAGAAAAGAGAGAGGUAAAGUCAAGAUAGUACUUUCAUUAUUCCUUUCGAGCUUUAGCAUAAAGGUUUAGGACCUCAGAAAGUGAAAGUUUUUUCGAAACCCUUUCGGUAGACAAAUACUUGAGGCUAGACUGUAAGCCAACAAUUUUAGGAAAAUUUUGUCGGCAUAGUCUUACAGCAAUUCAAGAUGACACGGAUCGAAAGAUUCGGUCAAAAUGCUUCAUCGGAUAAUCUAAAACUUUCGAGAAUGAAAGAUUAUACGCUUACGUAGGA